CCGUCCGUCCGUAUGUAUGAACGCAAGGAUCUCAAAACCAGUAAGAGCUAGAAGUUUUGAUAUAAGAACGUAUUCAGCAAACUUUACAAGUAGCUUCUUAAAUAAUAAUAACUAUAUAUAUAUAUAAAUAUAUAUAUACAUAUAUAUAUUUAGUACAUAUCAUUUUAAAGCUAUCGCCAGCUAAUCGCUAGCCCCAUACAGAUAACUAUUCACAUAUUUUAUUAUUUAUCUAUUAACCGAUUUAAGCCACAAAUUGAAGGCAAUUGUUUGUUAUACGUAUGUUCAAAAGCACAUUAAGAUCUACUGUUGAAAAUUUCAUCAAGAUCGAAACGAGCUCGUUGGUAGAAGAGGGUUGAGGCAAAGACAAUAUAAACAAGUGUUUAUGUUGUCUUUGGUUGAGGGUAUCCACUAGUCGGGAACUCCCGCCUAUAGCCUCUUACUUGAUUUUUUUUUAAAGACACUUUUAAGCGCUUUCGAUAACCUUAAGCCUAAUUAAAUUCAGAACGCUGAGCAAUUAACAUAAUUUACAUUUUAAAGCUUGCCUGCAAUCAAAUAGACACAACAUGUUACAGUUUCAGCUACACUUGAGACUCGUAUCUGUGCGAAGCUUAAAAUGAGUUCUUAUAGAAUGAAAAUAAUGUUUUUAAUAUCGAUUACAUUGGUUAAUUGUUUUCCAACCGAUACAAAUAGUGAAGACUGUGAAUACGACUGUGUUCCCUUCGAGGAAUGUAAACAUUUAAAAUAUUAUGCGGAAUUUACGCAAUCAGAAAAUGGAGUUAAAUAUUGCAGUGAUAAAGAUAAUAUAGUUUGCUGUUGGAACAAUGAAAAGAAAGUUAUUGCCGAAAAAAAAUGCUUGGAAUUUACAAAGAUUAGAGACUUUUGCUCUAGGGAACCGCUCAUUAUGAAUGGAAGUCAACCAACACCGCAUGCAUUUCCUUUUAUGGCCUUGAUACAAAAUAGACUGUUAAAUCAAAGUCAAUAUGAAUCACAUUGCGGUGGCACGUUAUUAAAUUCAAUGUUUGUUCUCACGGCGGCACAUUGUGUGGAUAAAAUCAAAUUUCCGGAUAGGGAAUUUUCUGUGCUGUUAGGAGCCCAUGAUUCAAAUAAUUCCGGCACGCGGUUUAAUGUGACAGAAUUUGUUCAUCCAAACUUUACUACAGAUGAUCCUUAUGCUGAUCUUGCCCUGUUGAAACUGCACAAUGAGGCGGAUAUUACAACAAAAUUUAUAAAGCCAGCCUGCCUAUCCACAUCUACUAGCAGUACAACUGGAGAAUAUACUGUUGGUGGUUGGGGGUAUCAUAAUAAUCAAAACCGAUCAAAUGUGUUGUUAAUUGGAACAGUGGUUAAAACAGAUUCGAAAAACUGUCCUGAUGAUCUAACUUUCAAUAUGGAUAAACAAAUUUGUGCAGGACCCAAAAAUGAUUUGGGAGAUGUUUGCAAUGGAGAUUCUGGUGGUCCAUUGUUUACCAUUCAUAAUGAUAAUGAUUGCCUUUUUGAGGUCUUUGGUGUUCUGUCUGGUGGUGCUCUAUGUACCUUGAGGUAUUCAUUUUCAAGUCAUACUUUAGUUUCCUUUUAUCGUGAAUGGAUAGAGAGUAUAGUAUGGCCAGAUGAAACACAAUAUAUCUUAGAGGACUAAAAAUGUCUCUACUAAAUUGAUCACAACAAGACUUUCGUACCAUUUUAACUGCUUCACUUUUAUACAACUUAAUGUUCGUAAUAAAUUGCUUACUAAUUCUAAUGUGAUUAAUACCUUUA